AAAUCCCAAAUAGUCAUCACGCAUACAACAGCACCGUAUCAAUGAGCGAUCAAGCUACAGAAGACGAACCUAAAAGCCUUCAAAAUGCAGCAUCAAUGGAUGAUGAUCAUGCUAUUCAAGAAGAAACUAAAGGCGUCAAAUUCCUAAUCUCUUUCUACUCCAACUAUCUAUGGAACAGUCUAGCCAAUUUCAAUUUUCUCAGGAAAAUCUCAUUUCUCAGCCGCCAAACAGCAGCUUUCUCCACUUUUCGCAGGCGGAGAGCUUGUCUCCCUCUUCCUUUACCCUCCUACUCUCCUGAAUCUUCUCUGGUAGUGAAAGAGGCAUCUGGUGUAUAUGAUGUUCUGGAGGAUAUAAUUGAACACAUUUUGAUCAAUUUGCAUAGUGUUCAAAAGAAUUUGCACUUUUGGCAAAGCAGAGCUGAGGGAUCAAAUUCGCGGAAAUUAUACUUUAUGAUGUUUGAGAGAGGGCCACGGGCUCUUAUUGAUGGAACACUUCAGUUGUUGCAACAAUGUAUAGCUGAUGGUGGUCCUUCGUUGCAUCAUGUUUGCCAAUCUGCAUCUUCUUAUAUAUCUGAAAGGCUCACUGUUUUAACCACAUUAAGACGCGGCCUUGCUACUUUUUUGGCUGAGGUAUACAUGGAAGUUGACAGGUGUGGAGAAGCGUUGGUGAAGGAUCCAGAAAAGUCAUUUUCCUCAUUGUUAGUUACAAUAAAUGGUUUAUUUUCAAAUUUGGAGGCAUCAAUUGGUCAUCUACAUGCAACACGCCAGACUGAUUCUUCUGUUGACGGAAGCUAUUCAUUUCCUUUACUAUUUGAGACUCUUCCAGAAGUUAAUUCAGAAGGGUCUCAGUGGAUGGGUUGUGAAAUCAAAGAUGCUAUCAACUUAGUUAACAAAAAUCUACAGAAAUUGGACUCCUAUGUUUCUGUUAUUGUGGCCAAACACCAAAAGCCAAAGAAAGUAACUCAGUACUGGAUUCGCUACACUUGUGGUGCAAUUGGUCUAUCUGUUUGUUCUAUGUGGCUCCUUAGGCAUAGUCGUUUCAUGGGAAGUUCAGAUAUUGACAAUUGGGUUCGUGAAGCAAAGGACUCAACUGUUAGCUUCUUUAGUGAACAUGUGGAGCAACCGCUUGUGUCUAUAAGAGAUGAACUGUUUGAUACAUUUAGGAAGAGACACAAAGGGGUGAUGGAGAUAGAAGAAGUCCAGUUGACUGCCAAUUCUUUGCACAGAAUGUUAUUGGCUUUUAGUGAGCAGACAAAGGGUCAGAUGUUGCCAGAGAAUGCAUCAGAUCAGGAACUACUUGAAAUUGUUAUGAACAGGUAUGAGAAAGAACUUAUGCAUCCUAUUCAAAAUCUGCUAAAUGGAGAGCUUGCUCGUGCUUUGCUCAUCCAGGUUCAGAAGCUAAAACUGGACAUUGAGACGGCAAUGCUUGAAUUGGAUCAGAUUCUCAAGGCAAACGAAAUCAACUUUGCUGUUCUAGCUGCCUUGCCAGCAUUUUUUCUCUCUCUUUCUUUGCUGAUGUUAGUGCGUGCAUGGUUUAAACGGGAUACUAAAGCAGAAGGAAAGGGGAGAAUUGCUCGGCGCCAAAGGAGGCUUCUCUUAGUGGAGGUUGAGAAAAGGAUAAUGCAGUACCAAACAUUUGUUGACCAAGGACUGGAGAACGAGUCACAAUGCAUGUUCGGAUUGAUGUUAUGCAGUUUAGAUCGUCUAUUUCAUGCUGUUGAGAGACAUGCAAAAGAAACUGGUGAAUGGCAAAGUUUGAAACAGGAUAUCUUUGAUCUGGGAAAACCCAGUAUUCAAACUACAUACAAGCUUGUGGUGACAUCGCGAAUGGAGCGUGUCUAUGAGUGCUUGCUUCCUUCAUUGAAACGAUAAUAGCUUUUCUUUUUUGCCGAAACUCUACUAACCACUUUAGAAAAUAAAAUAGAAAAAAAAAAAAAAAAAAAGGCAUACGCCAUGUGGCUAUGUUGCUGUAUGAUUCAAUUUUACGAGGAGCGUCGAGGACUUGAAUUCACAUGGUCACAUGCUCUGAAAAGUUCAUGAUUUUCCAUUGACAUUUGUUAGAUGUUCCUUUUUGUCACUCUGGUUUUGCUUCUGCUGGUUAUAUUCUUAUCAUAACAGCUGUAAUGUAAUCUUUCUGAAUUGCUUCGGUGUAAUGAAAAUUGCAGAGUCAAAGUGCAGAAUUAUGCUCUGUGUCUUUCUUA